AUGGUUGCGAAGUAUUCAGCUGGACUGAAGUCAGCUGAGUAUUCAGCUAUUCUGCUGGACUGGCAAAGUUUGAACACCGUCCGUGUUGGUGGGAAAGAAAGCGUCGUUCAUUUACUGGACAAGUUUGAAGACGUUUUUUCGGAGGCACUGGGCCAAAUUUCGGACGUAGAGGCUACACUGGUCCUCAAGGAGGGAGCAACCCCACGUUUCGUCAAAGCACGUAGCCUUCCGUUGGCAUUAAGGCCAGCAGUUGAACAAGAAAUUGGCAAGCUGGUAGAAAUGGGUGUAUGGACACCAGUUACCAAUAGUGAGUACGCCACUCCCAUUGUUCCUGUUGUAAAAAAAGACGGAUCAGUACGCCUGUGUGGCGACUACAAAGUCACGUUGAAUCCAUACCUGAGUGUGGAAAACUACCCGUUACCAAAGGUAGACGAAAUGCUCAGUGCUCUGGCUGGAGGAAAACUGUUUUCUAAGAUUGACUUAAGCCGAGCGUACCUACAGGUACUCAUGAGCGCUGCGUCCAGGAAGUAUUUAACCGUGAAUACGCACAAAGGACUGUUUGAAGUCAAUCGCCUGCCGUUCGGAGUUGCUUCGGCCCCGGCGUUAUUUCAACGCAUCAUGGACACCAUGUUGAAAGGCUUAGAUGGAGUGGUUUGCUACCUAGAUGAUAUUCUGGUAACCGGACGGACAGAAGCCGAACACAUGGCGAAUUUAGAAAGCGUGUUGAAAUGUUUGAGCUCAAGAGGAGUGCGGGUCAAGAAAGAGAAGUGCGAAUUUUUGAAGUCAGAACUGCAGUUCCUAGGACAUGUAAUCGGGAUGAAUGGCAUUUCCACGGCACCAGAGAAGGUGCAAGCGAUUCUUGAAGCGCCAGCUCCCAGUGACAGGAAGCAACUUCGCUCAUUUUUGGGCAUGGUCACCUACUAUGCCAAGUUCCUGUCUAAGCUAUCUUCGAUUGCGUACCCAUUAAAUCGACUUCUCAGCGAGAAAGUAAAGUGGACGUGGUCAUCAGAAUCUCAACGCGCAUUCGAGGCCCUCAAGAAGGCUAUGGCAUCUGCGCCGGUGCUUCAGCACUACGAUCCUAGUUUGCCGCUUCAAGUGUCUGCUGACGCCUCACCGUACGGCGUUGGAGCAGUAUUAGCGCACGUGGAUAGUGAUGGGACUGCGAAGCCAAUAGCGUAUGCUUCAAGAACUCUGACAGAAAGCGAGAAGAACUAUAGCCAAAUUGAGCGCGAAGCGUUGGCUUUAGUCUUUGCAGUGAAGCGUUUUCACUGCUACAUUUACGGGAGAAGCUUUUAUCUGGUCACGGACCAUAAACCACUAGUGACGAUCUUUGGUCCAAAGACAGGGAUUCCGCCCAUUGCAGCGGCGCGUCUACAGAGGUGGGCAAUAACGUUAUCUGCCUACACUUACACGCUCAGCUACCGAGCAGGAGAGCAGAACUACGAAGCAGACUGUCUGUCCCGCCUUCCAGUGAAGAAUGAUGGAAGCAAGGUGACGGAUGUUGUGAGCGAAUUUUAUUCCAUUCGCUUGGAUACUUUUCCCGUACAGAGCUCAGAUAUAGCUCGAGAGACAGCUCGUGACGACGUGUUAGCACGGGUUACACACCACGUCCUGAAAGGUUGGCCACGCAAGGCCACUGAUGAUGACCUCAAACCAUACUACGUGAGGAAGCUGGAGCUGACAUACUUCAGGGGUUGUCUUAUGUGGGGGAUACGAGUAGUGGUUCGUCACAAACUGAAGAAGGAAGUACUCCAGGAAAAACACGAAGGGCAUCCUGGCGUAGUUCGAAUGAAAGAGACAGCACGAAGUUAUGUAUGGUGGCCAUCGGUAGACUGCGAUAUCGAAGACUUGGUAUCUUCUUGUGAAGACUGCCAACAACAACGGAGCGUCAGCACCGUCGCGCCACUGCACCCCUGGGCUUGGCCGACGAAGCCGUGGCAACGCAUCCACCUAGAUUUUCUGGGGCCAUUUCAAAGAACUAACUACCUGGUUGCGGUAGAUGCCCAUUCGAAGUGGCCCGAAGUGUUGGAGAUGAAGUCCACAACUUCAGAGGCGACAAUACGAAACGUGCGUGAACUGUUCGCAAGAUUCGGGAUGCCAGAAACGAUAGUCACGGAUAAUGGCCCCCAGUUUUGCUCCCGAGAGUUUGAGGCAUUCCUCAAAAUGAAUGGGGUGAAGCACGUCAGGUGUGCUCCUUAUCAUCCGUCGAGCAACGGUUUGGCGGAGAGGUUUGUGCGCACUGUAAAGGAAGUGUUGCGCAAAGACAUGCAUCGACCGGCCGACAUUCGACUGGCUAGUUUCCUACUAAGCUACAGGAACACCGCACACGCCACGACGCAGCAGUCACCUGCGCAGCUUUUGUUGAACAGAAAUCUUCGAACGCGGCUAGAUUGCCUCAAACCGUCAACUGAAGACGUCGUCCGACGAAAGCAAUUCACGCAAAUGCUGGGAAGACGUUCACAGGAACGUUUCUUUGCAACUGGAGAGCAUGUGUAUGUAAGGAAUUUCCGAAAUGGACCACGUUGGUUACCAGCAACUGUGCUGGAGAAGACAGGACCUGUUACAUACCGCGUACACAUCAGUACAGAUAGGGGACCAUUCGUCUGGAAGAGACACCAGGAUCACCUGCGACGCAGAACUUUGACGGUCAGCGGGGGUGUGUCAGUGUCAUCAGUCCCGGAGCUUUUGACAUCGGAGAAUGACGCACAGGAAUGUACUUCGUCGCAUCAGCCACUGGUCAGCACAUCACCUGCCAGGGCAGCAGCGGCACUGACAGAGGAGCCUGUUGGGUCACCUGCAGUCAUCAAUGGGGCUCAGGUUCGAAGGUACCCUACACGUGUGCGACAUCCACCAGAACGUUUCCAAAGUACAUAG